UAAACGAACUUAAAAAUCCCACGGAACCAAUGUCCAUGUUUCAACUCCCAAGAUGAAGCCAAUUCUCGAGACCGGUUAAAAUUGCAGAGCAUUGAUUUGAUCCAAGACCGCAUUACCAACCAAGAACCUCGUCUUAAAUUUUCAAUUGGGGGUUUUGGUGUCUAUAAGGCGAUGAAUCCGUUUGUACCGGAAGGCGUUGAUCAUCUACUACCACAACCAAUGGAGGGGUUACACGAAGUUGGUCCACCUCCGUUUCUGACCAAGACAUUUGAGAUGGUUGACGAUCCAAACACAGACCAGAUUGUAUCUUGGAACAGAGGAGGCACUAGUUUUGUCGUUUGGGAUUUGCAUUCUUUCUCCACGGUUCUUCUCCCUCGACAUUUUAAACACAGCAAUUUCUCAAGUUUCAUCAGACAGCUCAAUACUUAUGGUUUCAGAAAGAUAGAAGCAGAGAGAUGGGAAUUUGCAAACGAAGGGUUCUUGGUGGGACAAAGACAGUUGCUGAAACACAUCAAGAGAAGAGCCACUUUCACUUCAUCAACUCCGUCAAGCCAUGACGCUUGCAACGAGCUCAGGAGGGAGAAGCAGGUGCUGAUGUUGGAGCUGAUGAGUCUGAGACAGCAGCACCAGACCACGAAAAGCUACAUCAAAGCUAUGGAACAGAGGAUAGAAGGAGCAGAGAAGAAACAGAGGCAUAUGAUGUCCUUCUUGGCUAGAGCAAUGCAGAACCCUUCGUUUCUGCACCAGCUGCUCAAACAGAGGGAUAAAAGGAUCAUGGAGAUUGAAGAUGAGACGGCAAAGAGGAAAAGAGGUUCUUCUUCGAUGUCGGAACUUGAGGCUCUGGCUCUGGAGAUGCAAGGCUAUGGGAAACAGAGGAACAUGUUGGAAGAAGAGGAUCACCAUCUAGUGGAAGAGAGAGAGUUGGAUGAUGGUUUCUGGGAUGAGCUUCUUAGUGACGAGAGUUUGAGUUUGGCUUCUACCUCUUAACACAAGAUGGAUCCUUUUCGUUUUUUAGUUGUACUUUUUACGCUCACUUUCUUCUUUCACAAGAACCACCUUGUUUUUUCUUUAUUUUGAUUUGUUUUUUGUUUUGUCUUAUGUUAUUUACAAUAAUUUCUUAUCAAUAAUUAGUAAUUUAGUAGUAAUGUAAACUAGAAAGCGGUAUGAUUCUUUUAUAUAUGUGUAGAUUUGUGAUAAA